AUAUAUCAUGACCAUAACUUAACAUCUUGUGAUCAUAACUUAGCAUCUCAUGGUCAUAACUUAGCAUCUCCUGGCCACGACUUAGCAUCUCAUGGCCACGACUUAGCAUCUCCUGGCCACGACUUAGCAUCUCAUGGUCAUAACUUAGCAUCUCAUGGUCACAACUUAGCAUCUCAUGGUCACAACUUAGCAUCUCAUGGUCACAACUUAGUAUAA